GGCCGGCUCGGCUGGCGAGCGCCAGUCGUACCAUGGAGCGCUCCGGAGCAACUCGUUCUUGCCGCUUGUAGGGGACGCCGGCCCAGUGGCCUGACUGUACCGUACCCAGCCGAGCCGAGCGCGAACGUGACCUCACCUCGUCCACAUACACACCCGUGCGACCGCGCCUACCCCCGAGAAGAAGUUAGCGAUUCCAACGGGAGUGUGUGUGUGUAUGUGUGCGCGCGUUUCUGAGUGAGAGGGAAGAUCGCAGCAGAGCAGUGCAUCAGUCAGGAUCGAUAGCCAUAACAACGGGUCGAGCAACCACCGACCGGUGUCCCCUAGCCAGCCAGCGAGAAGAGGCCGUUUUGGAUUUAACGCACCACCCACAAGACGACCGGACCAUUUUGGAUUAACGUGCCGAUGACAACAAGCGACUCAACACCAAGAAUCCGAGCCAUUAUAGUUAAUUUUAUCGUAUGAACCGCGUGUGUUUGUGAGUGUGGAAACCAGUGAUACUGCAGUGAAAUGUAUUAGUUACCGCGUUAAACCCAAAAGUAUUUUCUCGUCUCUCUCGACACGGAGAAAAACAAACCGUCUUUUCUACUUUUAUAAAAAAUAAUUCCGCGUGUGCCUGUGAAGUGCCAGUGAAGUUGUAGUUUCAAUGCAAGAGGAUACGAGCAGCAGUUCCGAUGAAGUGUCCCAGCUGCUGUUUAGGACCAAGGACCAUGACCCCUCGGCCCGGGCGGACGCGCCCCUGGAGGCCGAGGGCUCCGAGUGCCCCGAGGUGCCGGAGGGCGCGGACGGCCCCGCCCCGCCUCCGUCGGUGCCCCGCGAGGCGGCCUUCGGCUCUGCUUUCGGCUCUGCCUUCGGCCCCGCCUUUGGCCCGCCCGGCCUCGGACUGUUCAAAAACCUGCCCCUGCCCUCGUUCGCGGCCGUGCCCCCCGCGGGGCCCGGCCCGGCCAGCCCCUCUCUGAGCCCCGCCGGCGGCGCCGAGCACCUGUCCAUGCCGCCCUGCCCCGGGGCCGGGGCGGCUGCCGGCGGCGUGGACGCGUCGCCCCGCAUCGCGCCCAUCACCUUCGUCGCCAACAAGUACGUCCUGCUGGACAAGGUAGAGGGCAGCUCGUUCUUCAACUGCGUCGACGUCCACACGAGGGAGCAGCUCGUCUGCAAGGUGGUGGGCCGCGAGGCGGGCUCGCUGCUGUCGGCGCACUUCCGCGUCGACGGCCACCCGGCGCUCAACAGCCUGCGCGAGGUGAUGCUCGGCUCCAAGCACAUGUACCUCGUGUUCCCGGCCUCGCACGGCGACCUGCACACGCACGUGCGCACCCGGCGGCGGCUGCGCGAGUCGGAGGCGCGCCGCCUCUUCAGGCAGAUGGCGGAGUGCGUGCGGCACUGCCACGAGAACGGCAUCGUGCUGCGCGACCUCAAGCUGCGCAAGUUCGUCUUCACCGACCGACAAAGGUUGACUCAAUCUUGGCCUAUUUCUUGUUAUGCCAAUUAAAUUAUUCUGUGAUAGGAAACAUGUUAAAUUAUGAAAUUGAGAUUUUAGUCCCAAUUGUUAGUACAUUGUGAUAUCAAAUUCUGAAACGAGUACACCAUAUGUGCUAUGUUGAAACUAAAAUUGGUAAAUAUAAAGCUAAUUAUCUAGCUUAAAAUAAUACAUUUUCUCCGACAUGAGUAAGAAUUUCUCAGUAUGCAUACAGUCACGUUUCUGUACUGUCCGGAAUGAAACAUCUAUGCAGACAUUUUCAAUGUGUCUCGACAUUCCUAUUGGUAAAUAUGGUAUGGAUUUUGUGAUCAAACUGAUGUAUAUUCUGUCAACAUAUCCAGACCUUAUUCCUGCCAUGUUUUGAUUAGUGAGCUGAUCCCAAGAUGUCCAUAAUAAUGGAAAAAGACAGUGCUAAAAAGCCAAAAUUUUAUAUCAGCAUGAUUUUAAAUCUGGUCUUAUCGCUCCUUACUAAUUCAGAGGCUUUGCUUCCUGUAUUAGAAAAAAUAUAAAGGACAGUUCCAUCACCGCCUAGUAACAGAAAACCUGACCGUCUUUUGUGUUGCAUUUACAUCCUGUUCCUUUAGUUAGCAUUGCCAUACAGUUCUACAGAUGCACAAUCUUUAGACCAAAAGUGACAGUUAGUUUUCAAGCAAUUUAAAGCAUAAACAGUUAAGAAUUAGACAUACCUGCCUGUGUAUAACUUAUUUAUUGUGUUCAAGUGGACAGAACGAGAUCUCAAUUUGUUUUAAAAUUGUGUUGUUCCUUUAUGACAUGUUGUCUAUGUUGUGGUGGAUUAUAAAGUCAUAUUCUACAAAUUUUUGUAAUUUAAGCUCUUACAUUCUAUGAUAACCUGAAGCUGAUAUUUGAAAUACGUUUUGUUAAGAGUUCAAAGUUUUCUGUUAUCAAUGAAAACAAGUUAUUGUAAGGGUUUCAAACAAAUAAUUUCAUUGGGCAAUUUAAAUGUUUUGCUUUAAUUUAUAAAACUAUUUAUAGUCAACAUUUGUGAGGGUUAAUUAACAGAAAUUUCAGAUUCUUUUAAUUGUUACAAUCAUCAUCUCAAGCCGUCUUUUCUUGAGUUCAGAAUGUUUCGGAAAUUGAUAUUGAUUAUAAUUGUUCUCUGGUAAUUCAUGUUUUCUAAAUCAACACCAUCUAUUGCUCAUCCUUACAGUCCCACAAUCUCCAGAUGCAGUAUAUCAAUGAAAAAGAGAUCCAAGGGAGCAUGGAAAGGAGAAAAAGUAGAGGGCAAGGAUGUUGUUCUUAUUAUGUAUGAAGUUGUUGUAAAUAUUUAUUAGGUAAUAACUAAGAACUCAAGACUGAAAGGUGUAUGUUAAUAUCCUAUUUGUGCAGAAAAAAUUCAAGCUGCAGAACAUAUUAAAUUGAUUUCCAAGCAA